AAUUCACGAACCAUAGAUUUCAAUGUAGCCAACUUUGAAAUAAAAAAACUUCACCACCUUCGUGAUAAAAACGAGCAGGGUCGGAUUCAGUACAUUUGAAUUAAUGGAUAAAGGCAUCUCAAUAAAUGUGAUUGUUUGAUGUUGAGGCAAGAACAGUAUCGAGCGCAGCAUAUCGGGCUUUUGAAAAAGAAUGUUUAGUUUUUGUUCCAUUCAAAACGCUUUGCUUUUUCGGCCAUUAUAACUCAAAUUAGGUUCGAAUUUAAGAGCGAUUGUUGCAAAAAACCUUUACGAAAUUUAUUACAUUUGUCACAAGCUGUCAUUCCAAUACUCCCUCGAAAUACGAAAAUGUUGAGAAAGAAAUAUAAACGAUUGUUUCCCAAAACCUUCUCAAUAAAAAAUUUCAUUGCACCUUACAAUAGCAAAGCUACGAAUAGACUUAGAGCCUCGAGACAAGAUGAUAAGAAGGAUUUAGUCAAAAGAUAUUCUAGCGAAAUAAGCAGCAUCAGUUUGGAAGGGUUGACCGAUUACUCUUGUACUAAUCCUGAUUUACACUUGUUAUUGCUAGAAGCUGCAGACAUUUUGAAAAAUACUACAGGUUCAAUAGGAGUAUGCGUGUACGUUGUUGACGAAGGAUCUGAAGAGAUAUAUGUUUUAACAAAACAACAGCUUAUUAUAAUACCUUCACAUUAUCGUUUUCAAAUAGAAGAAGGCAAAACAAUAGCUGCUCAUGUGGCUUUCAAUAGAGAAUACGUCUUGGUUGAGGAUAUUAAGGAAGAUCCUCGAUUUCCUAUGGGUACUGGAUUCCACAAUCUCAUAGCAGAAUCUGUUCUGUGCGUGCCGGUGGUGACGCUAGACGGGGAUUGUUUAGCAGUUUUCGAGUGUAUAAGGUCGCAAUACGACGAACCUUUCGGCAAGGCUGAGCUAAAAACCGUUAUAGUUUUAUCGGGAUGGAUGGGUGCUGCAAUACACCAAAACAUGCAGAGUGUAGCCAUGAGGAAGCAGGAAGUUCUACACAACCAACUGUUGAACAUAACAAAGUCUUAUUACGAGGCUACCAUAACUACCACCAAGAUGUUGACUAACUUGGUCGCUUUAUCCAAAGAAACGAUUGACGUAAGCAGAGGCUCUUUCUACGUUAUCAAUAAGGAUGAGGAAGAAAUGACCGCUGAUGCUUACGAAGAAGGUUUAGAUGAAUACCAAUAUCAACUCAUCAAGAAAAAACAGAAGUUGAAACCGCUGGUGAAAGACAGAGGUAUUUUGACCAUGGUUGCGAAAUCCGGCUAUACAAUCAACGUCAAAGAUCCAUCCAAAGACCCUAGGAUAAAUAACGAGCCCGAACUACGAAGGGGUAAAACCAUCAAGUCUAUACUAUGCAUGCCCAUAAUGGGUAAUAGAGGUCUCUUGGGCAUCGUAAAACUACUAAAUAAACGGUACGGUUACUUCACGAAGAACGACGAAGCUAUCUUGAAAGUCUUCGGAUCUUACGCUUCUUGUAGUUUGCAAUACAACACCUUGCUGGAGAAGUCGAAUAAACUGGAGCUGCUAAACAAGAUUCAUGAAAGAAUGCUAAAUCUGCUACUUGUUCCGUGCAAACAUGAGCGUCAUUAUGCCAAACAUGCGAAAAUAGUUACACCUUCUCAUUUCUUAGAUUUCAGAUGGUAUAUACCGGAUGAAAUUAUGCAACACGCGCCCUUUUUGGCUGCACAUAUGAUUAAAGAUGUGAGCGGAAACGACAACGACAUCAACUACAAUAAUUUGAUGAAUUUCAUGCUGGUUGCCAGAAGGCUGUACAGGAAUAAUCCUUAUCACAACUUUGAGCAUGCCUUCAACUUCAUGCACUGCAUGUAUAAUAUUCUGAAGAGGAAUCUUCGUUUGUUCUCUCCCAUGGAGAUCAAAGCCCUGCUGAUUUCAUCGAUUUGUCACGAUAUAGACCAUGGGGGAUGUACAAAUAACUUUUUGAUUCUCACCAAUGAUAACUUAUACCAGUUAUAUAAUGAUUCCCCUUGGGAGAACUAUCACUAUUUGGUAACGGUUAAGUUGAUUGAGGUAAAUGCAUCUUUUCAGAAAUACGACAUAUUCCAGCACAAUAAGAGAAACAACAAAUCGUUUCUUGAAGAGAUCAAGGAAGCCAUUCUUUCAACUGAUCUUCAGCAGCAUUUCAAGAACAGAAAAAUUCUGUUCACUACCAUAAACGAUCACUCUUACGAAAUUACGAAUACGAUCCAUAAAAGUCUAUUGAAGGGACUGAUGAUGACCGUGUGCGAUUUGUCAGGUCAAUGUAAACCCUUUUCUGUGGCAAAACGGAUUACCGAAAACGUUUAUCGGGAGUUUUACGACCAAGGAGAUCAAGAGAAAAAAAUGGGUAUUAUACCCUUAUCAAUGAUGGACAGAGAUAAGGAGAACUUGGUUCCAGAAGAUCAGAUACAAUUCAUUUCUGUAAUUGUUGUACCAGCAACAGAAAUGCUCAAAACCAUUUUGCCUAACACUUAUGAACUGAACACAGAAUGCAGGUUAUUGCAAUCUGCUUGGCAAGAUAUUAUCCAGUCUAGGCAAAGAAAAAUUAAGGAAAAUGGUUAACUAGUUGAAUUGUUUUUAAUUCCAUCCUCCGAAAUACUGUUCCACUGUCUUCUUACAGCUUGAAGGAACAUUAUUUAUAUGGUGGCAGAUAUAUGUUCUACCCGAGGUUUAAAGGUGGACAUUUUUAUUUACAUGGAGCAGAAAGAGAAGUGUGAUAUAAAUAAAUUUAUUAGAGCAGUAAAACAUGAAUUCUGGAUCUAUAAUACCUUAAAUAUACUUUACAAUUAUUAUUAUAAUAAAGCAAGGAAUAGAAUAUAUCCCAAAAAUAAU